GCGAUGUACAACUUGAUGGCACAUCAAUUUGAAGCUUUGCACUUUCUUGCUAAUGUCAGGGAGAAAUCAGAUAAGGAUGGUCUAGUGCAUAUCCAAGAGACAAUGCUGUCUGAGUUGGUGGGGGAAAGAAAUAUCAAGUUAGGAGAUGUACAUCGAGGAAUUCCAAUACUACAACACAGACUUUGUGGGAAAAAGGUCUUCCUUGUGCUUGAUGAUAUUAGCAAAAAAGAACAAUUGCAUGCAACUGCCGGAGGACUUGAUUGGUUUGGCCCUGGUAGCAUCAUCAUCAUAACAACAAGGGAUAAGCAUAUGUUAGAUGUUCAUGGAAUUCAAAAACAGUACAUGGUCGAUGAAAUUAACUUUGUGGAAGCCCUUGAAUUGUUUAAGUGGAAUGCUUUCAAAAUCAAAGAAGUUGAUCCAUGUUACAAGGAAGUCACAGAGCGUGCAAUGUAUUAUGCCAAUGGCCUUCCAUUGGCUUUGGAAACGAUAGGCUCGAAUUUGUUUGGCAAAACCUUGGAUGCAUGGGAAUCUGCGUUAGAAACUUAUGAGAGAAUUCCAAAUAGAGAUGUUCAAGAAGUUCUAAGAGUUAGCUAUUAUAGGUUGGAUGCUUAUGAGGAUACGUUACAGAUAAGCUUGAAGCUAGAGGAUUUCCUCAAAAAUUUGGUCUGA